AGCAUACUUAAAUAUAUGUUCAAUAAAUAUCUCAAUGGCAUUCAAAUGUAAAUAAAUAGUAAAAUUAAGGGGUAUUUAUAUUUUGUACUUCUCUUUUAAUGAUAUAGAUACUGAGACACGGCUGUUAAUAUUUAAUUAGUUUGUUUUAACGACGAUUAUAACAUAUUAAAAUGUAAGAGAUCCAUGCUUCACCCGAAUUAACAACAACUAAAUUUUGAACUGCACUUGAAAAACGCAGAUUUGUUUUCGAAAUUAAAUAAAUUUAUUUUAAAUAAUUUUUAUAUAAUACACAUGUAUCCGAAACCGCGAAUCGAAUUAUACCAAACUAAAAAAUGAAACUAAAAUUGAACGGAUUUUCAUAAACAACCGAGCAUAUCAUAUAUAUCUGAAACCAAAAAUUAUUUAAAAUAAAUUUAUUUAAUGGUGCAAAGACAGCAUUCUAAUUUUACUAAUUAACUUAACUCCUUUUAAUGGGUAAAUAUGUGGUUUAUAGACGAAUUAAAAUAUAAUAUUCGACCCGGAUCUGUGGUCGUAGCGGUAGCCCCAAUGACCAUAUAUAAUUAAGAUUGAUAUAUGUUCUUCAUAUAGUAUUCUAUCAUAGGUUCUACCAACUGAUGUGCUUCUACAAAAUUCAGAUUUAGUGAAAACCAAUUAAUUCAAAAUCCGGUAAAAUCCAAAAACUCGUCAUUAACCUUUGAACCAACACCGGUUGACCCAAAAAAAAAACUUAGAAAAAUAUGAAGUAUUGUACAUGCAUCAGUAUAUAAACCGUUUAUUAGUUUAAAAUAUGAAGUAUUAUACAUGCAUCAGUAAAGAUAUUUUCUUUUUAUCAAAACAUCAGUAAAAAUUAAUAAUAUAGUUAUUGAAUAUAAAAUGUGUACCGAAAAAUUCCUUCUUAGGACAUCAAUUAAUAAUAAUGACAUUUACACUGGUUAAUGGUUAACCGUGGAUGGGAUUGUGUUUGGUACUAUCCAUACAUAGACCCAGUUAAUAAUUACGCCAAUCAAUAUAUAAACCAAAAGCCACUUAUUUGGUAAAUCAAUCAAAAUACAUGGUUAUUAAAAUAAUAUAGAUAUUGACUGAAUUAUUGUUAGAUAAACAUAUAGUAACAUAUUGUUAGUCUAAAUUUAAGGUAAGACCAAAGUAUUACUAGUUUAAGGAAAUGGUUCAAACAAUUUUUAUAUGUAGAUUUUUUAAGACUUCUUCCCUUUACUAGUUUAAGGAUAGAGUCCAAACAAUUUUUAUAGGUAAAUUUUUUAGGAUUUUUUCGCUUUUAAUAGUAUUGACUUUUUUUGUCAACUAGACACAACUACUAAUAUAACAAUUAGUAAUCUUUUAGUAAAAAAAAACAAUUAGUAAUCAUUUAGGCAAAAAAAAACAUUUAAUGACCAUUCAUGUGAACCAUAACAUUUGAAAAAAGAAUGAAGUCUUUUGGAUUUGUGUAUCUUUGAAAAGCAAGGAAAAAAGAAGAAAUUGCGUGAUUAAAAGAGGAAAUUAGUGGAAUUUUUACUGGUCCUACUGUUACAAGCAGAGUUUCAUUCUUAGGUAUUUUACCUGAUACUACGAGAACAGAGUUAUCAUUUUGUUCCAUCAGAAAUUGACUCAUCGUUAUUUAUUUAAAAUUUCUGUUUUUUUACAAUUAAAAUAAAAUAAAUCUCAUUAUUUGGUAUCACAUACUACAGUUGGAAACACGGAUAUUAGAUUAUUCACCAUAUUAAUCUAACAACAAAUAUAUAAAUUAACAAGAGUUUACAUUUGAUGUCAAAAAACAAGGGCUUACAUAAAUAUAAAACGUAUAUUUUCGUGAGGAGAGAGGAGCUCAGUAUCAAGGAAAAAAAAGAGAGAGAAAUAUGGGAAGAGGGAGAGUGGAGAUGAAGCUAAUAGAGAACAAAAUCAAUAGACAAGUGACCUUCUCAAAAAGAAGAAACGGUUUGAUGAAGAAAGCUUAUGAGCUUUCUGUUCUAUGCGAUGCUGAAGUUGCUCUCAUCGUCUUCUCUAGCCGCGGAAAGCUCUACGAGUUCGGCAGUGUCGGAGUUGAAAGAACAAUUGAACGGUAUCAUCGUUGCUACAACCGUUCUCUGAGCAAUAGUAGGCCUGAGGAGUCUACACAGAAUUGGUGUCAGGAGGUGACAAAGCUCAAAUCCCAUUACGAAUCUCUUGUUCGCACUAAUAGGCAUUUGCUUGGAGAAGAUCUUGGAAAAAUGAGCUUGAAGGAACUGCUAGGGUUGGAGAGGCAGCUGGAAGCCGCUCUUACUACGACUAGAAAACGCAAGACACAAGUUAUGAUAGAAGAAAUGGAAGAUCUUCGGAAAAAGGAAAGGCAACUCGGAGACAUAAACAAACAACUCAAGAUUAAGGCCGAAGGCCUUGCUUUCAAAUCGUUUCAAUAUUUAUGGCCAAACACGGCAGCAUCAGUGGCCGGUGAUCCCAGCAAUUCUGAAUUUCCGGUUCAGUCUAGUUCAGUGGAUUGCAACACCGAACCCUUUUUACAAAUAGGGUUCCAACAACAUUACUACGUGCAAGGUGAAGGUUCUUCUGUAUCAAAGAGUAACAUAGCAUGUAAGACCAAUUUCGUCCAAGAUUGGGUUCUUUGACAGGUUGUUGACUACAUCACAAGGCCACUAGUGACACGGCAAUUUCAGUUCUAAAGCUCGAUUUUUCAGUUAGACUUGUACUUAGCUCCAACUCGUGUGAAUGUAUUCGCAUGUUUGGGUUCUUUAAAUAUUUUCUUUUCGUUAGUGUGUUUCUCCCUGAUCUAAAACAUUUGUUUGGGUUUACUAACACUCAUUUUCAUACGAACUGAACCUGACAUUCCAUAACAAUAAGGUAAGCUGUAACCAAAUAUGAACGAAUCAUAAUAUGUCAGUGCGUCAA